AUGACUCGCAACACGGAGAACUCCAGGGCCGCGGCACAACCGUACGUGCCUCCCGUGCCAGUGCAAGAAGACCCUCCCGCAGCUUCAGCGCCUGCGGGGUCUCAACCACCGCGGGACCCAGCCUCCCCAUCACGGUCGUCGCAGAGCAGAACCCCAACACCUGCCUUGUCAGGCAGUUUGUGGGACGCUGUACCGCUAUUGACACUCCAGUACCUCACCGAGGCAUACCGCCUUCGGACACCCGCAAACGGGACGGAUCGCUCAGGGUAUGUCUGUCUUCUGGAAACCAACAGGAUCCCGCCGUCGCUUGCCCAGGGGUGGAUUCCACCCCCAGGGUGGCACUUGCGGCCCUUUGACCUCCAGAUCACACCAUGGACCGCACCGACAACAGAGAUUGUCAUGGCAGGACCUACAAUCAACCCCGUAGGCCCACCCCUGUCUUACCGCCAUCCUGGCAAACCGCAACUUGCCGACCUGCCACGUCAACAAGACAACAAAAAUUUCAAAGACUACGCAGAUCAGCUACGUCGGAUGCCCGCCGUCAACAACAUGUCAACGGAUAUGAAGCUAUCGCCAUCUCACACCCGACUCCUCACCUGGAUCGAUUGGACCGGUUUCGUCAGCUACGACUGCAGCACGGCAAGAGCUUCAUCAGCUUCGGGGGAAGACGAGCUAAGGAAAAAAUGGAUCGAUAAUCGCAACCUGACUUGGGACGAGGCGAUCUACAAAGCUGAGCGUUUCUGGUUGCACCAUCACGCAACGUUGCAAGGCGGAACGAGUUCUAGACCUGCUCCCAAGGCUGCGGGUACAACACGUCCACAGCAACAAUGGUGCAAAGGACAUCAAGCCAACGUUUGCCACUCACCACAGGACUGUCGAAUCCUGCUUUGCCAACAAGGCCGUCAAGCACCAUCCGCACCGGAGGCUCAGGCAGCGCAGCCGGCUGCACGACCCGCGCAAUUGUCCCAGCCCCUAUCUACUAAUCAUACGCCUUCCGGAAAUACUAUUUAUUGCUUUCAUUGGAAACAGGCGUCCGUCAUAGUGAACGCGGCUCACUGUGAAGAACGGGAUCUCGCCGCGCCUCCACCCAUCAUCAUACCUUUGCAGAUUGGGAGCACUGUCAUACCUGCUUUGAUAGACACUGGGGCUUCGCAUGCUUUCAUUGCCCAGCAGCUGGCCGGCGCAGCAGUUGAUCUCGCAAAAUCUACCUUUUUAGCAAAAAAGACCAUAUUUUUAGGGCACGAGAUCGACCAGACCGGCACCAGGGCCUUGGACAAAGACUUAGAUGCCGUCCGUUGUUUCCCUAAGCCUGAGACAACUAGGCAGAUGCAAAGGUUUUUGGGCAUGGCAACGUAUCUCCCCGCCCAUCUGCCCACCAACUUCGCCACAUCUGAAAAAGUCCUGCGGCAAAUUAUCCCUGCCAAACCAGCCACGCGCUUGCUAUGGACCCCGGAGGCACAGGAAGCGUUUUCUCACCUAAAGGACAUUUUGGCAAAUUUGGCGCGCCUGGAGCAGAUGGACCCCGCCUGCACGACCAAAGUCCAUUGCGAUGCUUCUUCUACCUCACUCGGAGCCAUCUUGGUACAGUUGGACAAAGAGGGACACCUGCACGUCUUAGAGUACGCUAGCCGCACACUCAGCGACACGGAAUCUUGGGCAAAGAUCGUCUACAAACCCGGACGCUUUCUCAAGGGCCCAGAUGCGCUAAGCAGGGUAACCAUCAAUGCCGCCGAAGUCCGCGAGGUGCUAGAUGAGGAACAACAGCACCAGAUCAUAGACAGCUACCAUCAGGAGCAGGGCCAUGCGGGUUGGAAAAAGAUCUACCAGACCCUGAAACAGCGCUUCAAAUGGAAAUCACUCCGUCAGGAUGUAUGGAAACGCAUCCAAUGCUGCAAAACGUGUUUCCGCUACAAUGCCCCCACCACAAAAGUCAGAGUCAAGCUGGAACCGAUCAUGUCGUCAUCUCCCCGGCAGCAACUCACCGUGGACUUCUAUGGACCUCUUCCAACCUCCACAAGUGGCCACCGUUACGCCAUUGUAGCGGUGGACCAUUACAGUCAGGGUAGCCAAGGGGAGGAAAGUCAGGAACCAGAAGAGCAGCCGCCAACGCCGGACUCGAGUGAGGAUGAAAGCUCCCAGCCCGAUAAUUCACACGUUUACGACGGGGUUGUAGUUGAAGCCACUCGUCCCGUCAAUCAGCUUCAAAGUGCCCCAUCGGAGUCCAGACCGGAACCGGAACCGGAACCAGAGCGACCGCCAACGCCGGACACGAGUGACGACGAAAAUCCGCCACUGAGUGGAAUGUACGAUGGACACGUAGUUGCAGCCACGCGUCCGAGUGGUGGAAAAUAA